GCCGCUGCCCCGCCGGGGGCCGGGCAGGGGCCGGGGCCGGGGAUAAAAACCCGCCGGGGUCGGGCUCAGCUCCGGGGUCCUCCCGCAGCCCAGCGAAGCCGGCAGCAUGGUGCACUGGACAGCCGAGGAGAAGCAGCUCAUCAGCGGGCUCUGGGGCAGGCUCAGCGUGGAGGAGUGCGGCGCCGAGGCCCUGGCCAGGCUGCUGAUCGUCUACCCCUGGACCCAGAGGUUCUUCGGCGACUUCGGGAACCUGUCCAGCCCCACGGCCAUCAUCGGCAACCCCAAGGUGCGCGCCCACGGCAGGAAGGUGCUCACCUCCUUCGGGGAAGCCAUCAAGAACCUGGACAACCUCAAGGGCACUUACUCCCAGCUGUCCGAGCUGCACUGCGACAAGCUGCACGUGGACCCCGAGAACUUCAGGCUCCUGGGUGACAUCCUGGUCAUCGUCCUGGCCACGCACUUCACCAAGGACUUCACCCCUGCCUGCCAGGCCACGUGGCAGAAGCUGGUCGGGGUGGUGGCCCACGCCCUGGCCCGCAAGUACCACUAG